AUGGCGUGUAUGAUGAACUCAGCUUCUGCUCUGCGCCAUUUGCGUUUGAUUCCAACAUUGGGAUUCAAGAGAGGAUUCCAGACGGUGCUAGUGGCGAGAAAUGAAAAUUCAAGCAACUCAUCGUCACUAUUUGGAUCCAUUACACAAGGUGUGGAAGAUCCAGCAGAUGAUCCGCAAAAAAUCUCCAACAGACUCACGGCGGCCUCCAGUGCUGCAGAACAGGAAGCUACAGACCCAAAAAAGACGGUAACAGUGGCCAAUGAUAAGCUACUGCAAUCUUUCAUCAACAAAUCAAGACCUUCCGCGUUAGCUCCAGAACUGCUUCUAUCGCCAUUGAAGAGACGUAUCUAUGAGGAAAACUGCAGAAUGAAUGGCGGUUUUUACAAAAAGGACUCCAUCGUAACGUUGGCAGAGGAAAGCGGUCAGAAACUGAAGUACAAACUGAAAUUAACUCGCGAGGAAGUGGAAGCCCUUGAACCUAGUGUUUAUGUGAAAUCCUACAGAAUCAAGUCAUCCAUGAAGAAAGCCACUCAACUGCUGCGACUCUUGGGUGGGAUGGACGUUAAAAAGGCACUCUCGCAAUGUCACUUUUCCGACAAAAAAAUUGCCCGGGACGUUGCUGAGGUCUUGACGCGUGGUUUACAGGACGCGGAGAAGCUGGGACUUCAACCUGAUAACCUAUACAUUGCUCAGCUUUGGACUGGUAGUGACGGGUACUGGCAAAAAAGAAUUGACAUCAAGGCCAGAGGCAGAAAUGGUGUCAUUACGCAUCCCUAUGUGCAUGUCAGGUGUAUUCUGAAGACGAAGGACGUCACGCAGCGCCGUCUUGCAUAUGAGCAGCAGCUGAAACAGGAUAUGAGGAAACCUUGGGUUCAAUUGCGGGACCAGCCUGUUAGAGGCGCCAUGGGAGGUGUUUACAAGUGGUGA